AUGCCCGCAGUGCCCCUCCUCCCACUGAAACUACUCACCCCACUCCGACCGGCACUCGUCCUCCACCACCACUCCCUGUUUUCCACUUGCUCUGCCCACCCCGUCUCUGCCACCCCCUCCCUCUCAGUCAAGAAGAGGAUGCCGCCCAAAAAGACUGUGGUCGAGAAAAAGGCGCUGCUUGGCAGGCCUUCCAACAACCUCAAGAUCGGCAUCGUCGGCAUGCCCAAUGUCGGCAAGAGUAGUCUGUUCAAUGUGAUUGCCAAGUGUGAUCUCGGUAAAAGCGCCAACUUCCCCUAUGCUACCAUCGACCCUGAGGAAGCCCGGGUGCCAGUACCCGAUGAGCGGUUCAACUGGCUAUGUAGUGUCUACAAGCCAACCAACAAGAUCCCUGCCUUCCUGACCUGCAUCGAUAUUGCCGGUCUCACUGCUGGUGCCUCGACCGGGGCUGGACUCGGGAACGCAUUCUUGUCCCACGUCCGUGCCGUCGAUGGUAUCUUCCAAGUCGUCCGUGCCUUUGACGAUGCCGAGGUCAUCCAUGUCGAGGGAGACGUUGACCCUAUUCGGGAUAUGGAGAUCAUCCACAACGAGCUCAAGCUCAAGGAUAUUGAAUGGGUCGAGAAGCACUACGAAACGAUCAAGAAGAGCUUCCGUGGUACUGGCACUGCCAACCUGGCCGACAAGGCCAAGAAGGAGGAGAUCGAUAUCACCGGCAAGGUCCUGGCAUGGUUGAAGGAUGAGGGUCGCGAUGUACGAAAGGGAGACUGGAAUAACAAAGAGAUCGAUGUGAUCAACACUCUUCAGCUCUUGACUGCCAAACCGGUCACCUAUCUGAUCAACCUGUCGGAGACGGAUUACAUCCGGAAGAAGAACAAAUGGCUCCCGAAAAUCAAAGCAUGGAUCGACGCCAACAACCCCGGUGAUCUCCUUAUCCCAUUCUCGGUGGCGCUUGAAGAACGACUGCUCCAGCUGGGCGAGGAUGAUGAGGUGCCUGCUCGCAAGGAGGAGCUGGCGAAGAUCGGAACGAGCUCGGCCCUGGGUAAGAUUACUACCGCGGGCUAUGCUAGUUUGCAUCUCAUCCGAUACUUCACCACCGGGCCCACCGAAGUUCGAGCUUGGACUAUCCGCAAGGGCACCAAAGCUCCUCAAGCUGCCGGAGUGAUCCACUCCGACUUCGAGAACAAAUUCGUCUGCGGUGAAAUCAUGACUUAUGACGAUCUGAAAGAACACGGCUCUGAAGUCGCCGUCAAAGCGGCGGGCAAAUACCGACAACAGGGCAAGCCCUACGAGAUGCAAGACGGCGACAUUGCCUUCUGGAAACAUGGCUGA